GACGAUCCAGAGUUCGCACGACUUGACCGUCAGCAUUUGGGCCUAAAGACGCUUUACGGAGGCAGGAACUAUGUUGCUCCUGUCAGAGACGUUCUCGGUCAGGACAGUGCUAAGGAUAUGGUCAAACGCGGAAUCGACGUUGGAUCAGGCUCGGGAAUCUGGGCAUUGGAGAUGGCCAAAGAGUUUCCCGAAGUUCAAUGGACCGGCCUCGACCUCUUUGCCAUAGAACGAAGACCGAGCCAACCGUCCAACGUCGAGUACGUCAAGGGGAAUGUACUCACAGGUCUCGACUUCCCUGAUGGUCAUUUUGACAUUGUCCACGCCAGACAUCUCAUCACAGCGGUCCAAAACUGGAGACCGGUGAUUGAUGAGCUCGUCCGAAUCACCAAGCCUGGCGGUCUGAUCAUCUCGGUGGAAAUCUGCUUCCCGAUCACCGUCUACAACGGCACAGAAGAAGAUACGUUGAAGUUGGCACCGGGCUUUGCAGCGUGUCACAAUGUUUUCAUGGCGGCAUUCAAGGCGAGAGGCACAGAUCUGCUGCCUGGCUAUACAGUAGCUACUCUGCUUAGAGAGCAUGCGUCUGUGAAAGAGACUGGGCAGUUGGAGAGCAUCUUCCCGUUCACCCCGUGUACCGAUGACCCCAACGCGAUUGAGGCUGGACGCAUCAUGAAGGAGAACGUCUUGUCGAUGCCGGAGAGUACCAGACAAAUUUUCAUGUCCAAACCUGGGGUCACCGAAGAACAAUUUCAACAGAUCAAAGCUGGAUUUACGAACGAUAUAGAGCGAGGUAUCCCACUUGCCGCCAAGCUUUGGCACAAUUGGGCGUGGCGCAGAUAAAAGUGCGUGAAAUGCUUGCAUGUCUCCGAGAGAUCUACCGGAGUGCAGACACUUCGCUUGGCUUGAAGGCCGCGGUUAGACACAUCCAAGAGAGCUGUCUUGUUGUCGGAUCAUCCUACAUUGCAUGUACACGUCCUUUUGCACGUCA